UAAGUCAUUCCUUUCAUUUCAGCUGGACUAUUGCAAAUGUGGUAGUAAUGCACAGCACGCUGGAUCUCAGCCAUCACAAAACUGCAAAAAGAACUCCGGGGAACCUGCUGGUGAUCUGGACUAUCCUGAGACACAUCAAGAAGCGUUCCCACACUGUGGUCCUCAUCCUGCACCUGGCUGCUGCAGACCUGCUGGUCCUCAUCACCCUGCCUCUGUGGAUCUACUCUCUGGUACACACCUGGGUAUUUGGAGAGGUCUUCUGCAAGGCCUUGGUGUACAUCAUCAAUGUGUGCAUGUUCAGCAGCAUCUUCUUCAUCACGCUUAUGAGUGUGGAACGCUAUUUAGCCAUUUGUCAUCCAUUUGUGACGAUGCGCUGGAAGUCUAAGACCAUCAUGAACAAAUGUCUUGUACUUCUGUGGAUGCUUGCAUUUCUGCUAGGAGUGCCUGGUGCACUGACCAAGCCUUCGGAUAAUAGCGAUGGAGCUGAUCAGUGUUUUAUGAGGGAAUUCAGCUCUGUAACUCAAGCAGUCAUGUUGUCAUGUCUGGAGACCCUGGGGGGCUUUGUUAUUCCUUUUAUCAUCAUAACUAUCUGUUACUGUUUAGUAGCUGCCCAGCUCAGAAAAAUGAGUUACAACUCAAAACAAAAAUCCAUGGUACUUGUGCUCGCUGUAGUGAUAGCCUUUAUACUGUGCUGGUUGCCUUACCAUAUCAUCUACAUCAUUGAUCUGGCUUGUAACCUAGGAUUGUGCACAGAACAUACACAUGUGCCACAGAGUGUUGUGUUUAUCUCAGGUGCGCUCGUUUUCAUCAGCAGUUCAGUGAAUCCUGUGUUAUAUACCUUCUUUGCAAGGAAGUUUCAACGGAGCCUGGACGAGUGCCGGCUGGUCCAGCUCUUCCAGGAAAUGGCCUCUCACACCAACAGACUCAGGGAGCUGGCAGUACAGCAGCAGACUGGCCAGGGGGCAGCAAAUACACAGCUAGAGCUGAUGUCUGACUGAAAAAUACUGAAUACCUCAAGCUGUUAUGAGGGGAAAUGUGACAUUUGUCUUCUGCAGCUAAAUAAUGAACUUUAUUAUGAAGGCCUACAUAUCAGAGGUGUGGACUCAAGUCAAAUGAGUGACAAACUGGAUGACUUUAGACUCAACUUGACAAAAUCAAAAAGGACUUACAUUUUGACUUGGGCG